UACCAGGCGCACUCUUGUUGCGUCAUCAGCGUGCGCUUCCAGGAUAAAAAAUACGUCUGACUAUGAAAGCAUGGCGGCUCCCGAGGCGGCAGUGGCGUUUUCGUCGUCCUUGAAAACUGACACAGACUCAGUCCCUGCAACUGCAGGAACGACCGCAGGAAUGGCUGCGGCCUUGCCAGCGACCGCUGCAGCGGCGGCGGUGGCGGCCACCGCGGCUAGGACCGGAUCCGAAGCCAGGGUCUCGAAGGCCGCUUUGGCUACUAGGCUGCUGUCACUGAGCGGCGUGUUCGCGGUGCACAAGCCCAAAGGGCCCACUUCAGCCGAGCUGCUGAAUCGGUUGAAGGAGAAGCUGCUGGCAGAAGCUGGAAUGCCUUUUCCAGAGUGGACCAAGAGGAAAAAACAGACAUUGAAAAUUGGGCAUGGAGGGACUCUAGACAGCGCAGCCCAAGGAGUUCUGGUGGUUGGAAUUGGAAGGGGAACAAAAAUGCUGACCAGUAUGCUGUCAGGGUCUAAGAGGUAUAUUGCCAUUGGAGAACUGGGGAAAGCUACUGAUACACUAGAUUCUACAGGGAAAGUAACAGAAGAAAAACCUUACGAUAAAAUAAAACAAGAAGAUAUCGAAGGCAUUCUACAGAAAUUUACUGGCAAUAUAAUGCAAGUACCCCCUCUCUAUUCUGCAUUGAAGAAAGAUGGACAGAGACUUUCAACUUUGAUGAAGAGAGGUGAAGCAGUAGAAGCGAAACCUGCCAGGCCAGUUACUGUAUAUAGUAUCUCUCUUAAAAAAUUCCAGCCACCUUUUUUCACAUUAGAUGUUGAAUGUGGAGGAGGUUUUUAUAUCAGAAGCUUGGUUAGUGACAUUGGCAAAGAACUCUCUUCCUGUGCCAAUGUGCUAGAGCUGACCCGAACCAAACAGGGACCAUUUACGCUGGAAGAGCAUGCCCUUCCUGAAGACAAGUGGACAAUUGAUAACAUUGCACAGUCUCUUGAGCAUUGCUCAUCUCUUUUCCCAGCAGAGUUAGCACUUAAAAAAUCAAAACCUGAGGAGUCUAAUGAACAGGUUUUGAGCUGUGAAUAUAUAACUCUAAAUGAGACAAAGGGAGAAGAUGAUGUAAUUAAGACAUGUUGAUAUUGUUCUGGAAAUAUCGUCAUUUCCUGGUUGACAUUUGAAUCCUGUAUGCAGAUGCGAAAUGACAAGCUACAUGCUAGAAAAAAACAACUGUUCCUAACUUUUUUUUUUUUGCAUGAAGACAAAUGUUCAUCAUUUACAGUUCCAAUAGCAUACAAUUUAUUUGCUAUACAUUAUAAAUGACCUUGCACUUGUUCAGUUCUUGGCUGUACUAUGGAAUGUCUUUUAGGAUGUUUUUAGGUUGUUAAAAUAUAAAUUUGAUUGGAUUCAGGAAAACUAAAUUUCUGAAUUUGAUCUGUCAUCAGUCUUUUCCUGUGAAAAAGUUGAACAAGUUUUCUAAUCAAAGAAAAAAUAAAUAUGAGCACCAUGUUUCUUUAACUUUAGUUUCUUUUAUAGUGAAUGCAAUUUAGUGUUAUUUUGACUUCAUUUAGGGUCAAUUUUACUGAGAUUCUUUAACUGUGUUUAAAUGGCCAUUAUUAUCUCUUUCUUGUGUUUUGCCGAGUUUAUUAUUAUUAAAAACAUUUUGAUAAAACCACUCAUCUAGUAAUUAAUACCUGUGUCUGUUUAGAUCUUGGAAAUGAAUAAACUUUUAUAAUAAAUAUUUGUAAAUGAAGCAGAUUAUUGCUGCUACCACUAAUAGGAUAUAAACAGAAGACUAAUAUUGAAUUAAAUUCAUCUUUCUUUUGCUAUUAGAGCAAAAGAUAGCCCCAUAAGCUUUGUGUUUUGGCAUCUAUGAGAUAUCUUUCUGGUAGUUUCAACACAGUGGAUCACUUUGUACCAUGUUACUUAAGUAACAUAACUUUUUAAAUUGAAACUAAAGAAUAUGUCUUCAAUUUAAAAUUUCUUCUCUUUAUUCUUUAGCAUUUAUGUAUCUCUUUAAUAGGGCAUUAAUCCCUGUGACAUUGUUUCUUCAGUUGUUUGCUUUCUCAAGUGAUAUUUAUAGAUGUUGAGAUAGCCGCUUUGCAUUUCCAGCCUAUUUCUUCUGCUCUAAAUAUUUAAAAAGUUAUUCUCAAAUGUUUUUAUCCAAGUAAAUUUCUGAAAGCUUCUUUAACCAUAAUUUUGAAAAUGUAGUCACAUUACAAAAUAAAUUUUGUAUGUAACAAGUGCUUCUUAUUUUUGUUAUGGGAAAGUAGUAUAUUAUGCAGUCAGUCUGCAGAAACGUUCAAAUCCUUUUUAUUCAAAUAUAGUUUCAAAAGAAGACUCAUUAAAAUUUUCAUAAAAUAUGACUUUCGAUUUCUAUAGAUUACCUUUUUUUAAAGAGUUGGUUGCCUGCUUGCAACCUCUAACUCAGAAUUUUAAAAUAUGUAAACUAAAGUGGUUUUAUUUGUGCUUAAGCUAAUAGAAACUGUAUAUUAAAAGCUGCGAGCUUCAAUAGAGCAUUUUCAGCAUACUGGCAACAUAUUUUAAAUGAAAAUGUGAAAACUAAUUUUUUAGUAUGGGACAGAAAAUUAUAAGAGUAUUGAUACCAUGAUGUAUUAACAUAAAAUACCAAAUACAAAGUUAUAAAUUGAAAAUUUGCAAUUAUUCACAUCUAGUCCCUGCAGUUUAUGUCAGCCAAGGUGGCAGAGGCUUCCUCUACCCAUUGGGAUGGCACAGGCUAUAGUGCAUCCUCUUUCACUGCAAGUUAAAGUUCAAAUAGAGAAAUAUUAGAACACAUCUGUGACGUAUAAUUUACUACUGGGGAAGGGUAGGGAUCAUUUAAAACAAACUUUAAAGUGACAGCAAGUCUUUUUUCUUUUAUAUUGAAAGCAUUGAAGGAAAUUUAGUCAAAUGGGAAAAUUAUUCAUUAUCCCCACCAUCCUAAUGCUAACUUUAGAAUUUUAAUUUUUAUGUUACUAUUUUCCCUUUUUUAAUUCACAUAAUUAUGGUCUUAAGACACCUAUGCUUUUUUUGUACCUAUACUUUUUAAUAGACUUUUUCAGUUGAUAUUAUCCAUUUGUAUUUAGUUUUGAUCACGAUUAUUAUAAUUAUGUUACUUUACAUUUAUAAUUUAUUUAAACCAUUUCCUUAUUGUUGAAUACUUAAGUAGUUUUCAAUUUUAUUUGGAUAAAUUCCUGGGAGUAGGAUUACUAAGUAAAAUACUAUGAACAAUUUUAUGAUGUAUGUUUACCUUAUGCAUUUCCAAAGAGCUGUAACAUUUUACAGUGUCACCAUUUGUGUAGGGGUUUUAUGUUGUUGCACAUGUAUUAAGUGUAAGGCAGUGAUUAAAGUUUCUCUCAUUUGCUUUUGUGUGACA